AUGUGGCAUAACACUUUUCAGACGGCACGUACUCUUCCAGCUGGCUUAGUUCGGCCCAUGAGCUGCAACGCAUCUGUGAGGGCAUAUUACAAAGCUGCGGGGAAUCUAAACAGAAAUAAAGGGCGCAGCUUCCUUGCUACAGGUAGGGCAGCAGUUGCGUCACCUUACAACACGCAGUUUAUCAAAGAUGUCAAAGGGAAUGAAUGCGAAUUGCUCAUGAGAAAAUACUCUUUUAUGGUGCAUCGACUGUAUGAUUACAUCAAAAAGCUAACCAUGCAGGAAACCUCCAGUAGGACAGGUGCAGAGUAUAGCACUGAUUUCCCCAAUACCUUGCUCCCGAUGCCAAGUAAAGCUGCCCAAGAGGGCGAGGGAUUUCACCCACUCAGCAGCGGAAUGGUGGGACCUAACGAGUACAAGUCAUAUAUGGGUGUCCAAUACAAUCAUAUGGCCAACAAUUCGUAUGCUUAUACGCAACCGUGUUUGAAUACGCCCGCCAUGCUCAACGUCCGGCAACCCCCAUAUGGGAACGUUCUACCGGUUCCGUCUUCCGUAAUGCCACAGUGUCAGCCGUAUCUCUGCGGGCCUACCCCUACGUUGAUGCAGGAUGGGGCGCCCGUGCAGGCAGUCAUGCAACAUCCCCAGUGCGCUCCUAUGCAUGGUAUGAUGCCAAGAUAUUCGCCGCUAUUUGGGUGUUCUUAUGAGGAGAAAUACUACACGCCUGCCCUGAUGAACACACACGUCGCAGGGCCGUGGAAUGCCCACCCAGGAGAUAUGAAUAAUCAUGUACAUUACCCCACUGGUUAUACCCCUAUUAUAGAUUGCUUGGGUGGGGUGCCCCGCAUCCAAUGA